CUAAAGUGCAAACGAAAGUAAACAGUGACCAAGAACAAUUUAAACUUGAGCGUUUUCUAUUGUUAUUUAGACGAUUAUUAACGACAUGGAACUCAAAAUAUGACUAAUUUAACGGCAAAGCAUCACAUACUUACCCCCAUGUAGUAUCUAAUUCGCGUUGGAGAGGACUUGGUUGAUAUGUUAUCUAGGUAAGGCUAGUUACUUUACCUGCUAACAAUGGCUAACGUUACUAACUGUAUGGUUUUUCACACUCAAAUAGCCUCCAUCAUGGAGGUACUAGCGAAUGCAGCUGUGGCAGAUAUCUGUAAACUCGUAGACGACGACUAUGCAGUGUUUCGUUUGGAAAUAACUCAUAGCCAGAAAGAAAACGGGGCAUUGCGGAGGAAACUAGAGCUACUGGAACUGAAGUUGGAACAGGAGCGCGCAGAGAGGACAAUGCGAGAGCGCGUCCUCACCAGUCGUCCCAGUAGUGUCAAGAUCCUCGACCGAUACAGAGGAAUUGCAAGAGGUGAAGGACAUCUCACUGGAGGCCACAGGAGCUUUGUGAAGCCAACGGGACACAAUACAUGGAGAGAUGACCAACCAAUCACUGUUGAUGAGGGGAGUGGAACCUCAACCCAGCAAGUUAUCGUGAUAGAGUCUGCCGAUGUAGAGGCUGCAGGUCCUGGGGUCAAGCAGGAGAGGUCUGAAGGAGAGAAAGACCCACGGCACAGCAGAGACAUCCAGACUGUAGCAGCCGCCGGAGUAGCGCACCCUGUAGUUAGGAAAGACCUUGCCGCCGCGCCCCAGGCCAGGACCCGACGCAGCAUCACAGAGGAGGAGGGUCCAGAGGUGCUGCUGGUGAAGGAGGAGGGGUGUGAUGAGGGUCUGGGGAACCCUGAGGGGACCAUGGUCAUGGAGGACAACCAGACUACACCACCUCCUGAACCCACAGAGGAACCAGCUGAGCAGCACAGGACCACACACAGUCUCACUGAGUCAGUAGACAUGGAGGAUGGGAAGCCUGAUCUGCUGCUGGUCAAAGAGGAGACAAUAGAAGACGGACCAGAGAGCAUUGAUCUGCUGAGUGGACUAAAGAUGGGGGAGCAAGGUGGUUGGCUAGAGGCUAACAGAGGAGACUGGGCAUCCAUCUUGGAUUCCCAGAUCGGUGCAGCCACUGAGCAGGCAAGGACCAGAGGCGACAUAGUGGAGGUCAGUGGAUGGGACAGCGUCCUCAACUCUGGGCUGGGGAACAACGCUGUUAACCACAACCAGAAACAGACAGUCGAACACAAAACAACAACCAAACUUAGUCUCCAUGACAACAGACUGGCUGAGACCAGGGCGAGGCGUAGACUUGGUCUGCGGGGACGAGGAGGUGUACAUAUGCAGCAGGAGAGAACAGACACAGACUCGGCUAGCGAUGCUCCGUCCUGCUCCUAUAGUUGUGAUUCAGAGAGACUGAUGGGGCCUCAGGUUAACCCCCUAACAGAUGCUGCCUUCAGCCUGCCUUCUAUAGGAUCUAUCAACUGGAACAUGGACCCUGAGACAACACAGACACUCCCUGGCCUUCAUCCUCCUCACACUCUCCUAAUGUUAAACCAGACCUCAGACAAUGCCAGUGCCUCAACACUAAAUGGCUACACAAGCCCAUUGACAAAUAACAGUAGUAGUAACGCUAUCAGCAGAUCUGGUAGCAAAGAGAAGCGCUUUCUGUGUCCAUUCUGUGGGAAAGCCUUCAGUUUCCCCAAACAGGUAGAGAUCCACCAGAGGAUGCACACAGGGGAAAAACCGUUCGGCUGCCACCUGUGCCGGGCCAGUUUCUCCGACUCGUCCAACCUGAAGAGGCACCAGAGAGUCCACACAGGGGAGAAACCCUUCAGCUGCCCCCAGUGUGAGAAGAGGUUUUCCCACCAGCACCAUCUGAAGAAGCACCUGAAGGUCCACACGGGAGAAAGGUUGUAGGCACUGCGAGAAGAGGUUCUCAGAGAGGAGCUACCUCAGGAUACACCAGCAGAAAAUGCACAUGGCCCAUGUAUAGUGAUGUAAUGUAGUACUAGUUAGUUUGUAGUUAAUUCUGUUGGUUUAGGAUGUAGUAGGGAACUGGAUGAGGUGAACUGAGGAAAGAAUGAGUAUGAUGAGGCAGAGUAGUGAUGUUGAACCUUUUACAGAGUACCGUAAUUUCCGGACUAUAAGCCGCUACUUUUUUCCCACGCUUUGAAUCUCGCGGCUUAAACAAUGACGCGGCUAAUAUAUGGAUAUUUCCCGCUUUCAAAUAAAAAAAAUUCAAAAAAAACACUCUCUGUGACGUGCUCAGUUUUUUGGCGGCAUGAAGCUUUCAUUAGACCAAUGAAAUUGCCGAACGGGUUAAGGUCAAACAACUUUUUUGUUUACUGUUUAGAUUAAAUCGAGCGUGCUCAAACUUCCCAUC